AUGAGAGCGACAAAAGCUAAUGAAACUUAUUAGAGAAAUACUUAUUUGAGUGAUCCUCCUGAUUAUAAGCUAGAUGAUGAUGAGGAAGAGGAAUUUGAUUUAGAUGAGAGACUAAAGGAAGAAAACCAGUAUAAGUAUCAUGAGAAUCUCUCUCAUUAUGAUCCAAAGGGAUAGCCGUAUUCUUACUUUUAUAUCACUGUGAUGGGUUAAAUUGACUUUGGAGAGUUUUAAUACUUAGAUGGGCUCCAACUCCAUUAUCACUUUGUAAAGGGAGAAGAUUGGAAUAUUGCUAAUGGCACUCUAUUUCAGACGGGUUAGUUCGCAUUCAAAGGAUAGGGGAGAGGUCUUAGUAGAAUGAUUUGGAAUUUGCCCUUUGAAAUUACUUUUAGAACUAUGACUCCCUUUGGUUGGCCUCAGUUAGUAGUUUACUGUACUACAAAAGAAUCAGAUGGAUCAGACACAGUUAAAGCCUUUGGAAGUAUUCACGUUCCAAUAUCUCCAGGAAUUCAUAAGAAAAUCAUCAGAAUGUUUUCACCAAUCACUACAAAUAGUUUCACAGAGUUUAUUGGAUGGUUUAGAGAAGGAGGAGGAGUUUAAAUAGAUUAACCAGAACUCAUUGCAUUUGCUGAAGGAAGGGAAGUCUCAAGAGUUAAAGCAGGUGGUAAAGUUACAGUAAACAUGUAAGUUACCUAAAGGAAUAUGGAAAGGCAUGGCUAUAUUACUACAAAUAACAAAAAAUGA